GUCCAUUUCCCCGACGACCACGGCAUCACCUCCCCCAAUCCCACGGCACCAUGGCGGACGCACAGAAGCAGAUGCAGGCUCUUACUGAGGAGUUUCAGGCGUUGCAGACUGAGCUCGAUGGCCUUGUCGAAGCGCGCCAGAAGCUGGAAUCGCAGCAGCAGGAAAACCUGGGCGUGCAGAAGGAAUUCGAUUCCCUGGAUGAUGAAGCGAACAUCUACAAGCUGAUCGGACCGGUUCUGUUGAAGCAAGACAAGAACGAGGCCCUGAUGGCCGUCAAGGGGCGUCUCGAGUUCAUUGAGAAGGAGAUCAAGCGGAUUGAGGGGCAGAUCCAGGAGAAUCAGGACAAGGCUGAUAGCAAGCGCAGUGAGAUCGUCCAGUUCCAGAGUCAGCUCCAGCAAGCGGCGGCUUCUGCUUGAACAUAGACACAUUAUCCCACACCAGUAUAUUUGUGAAUGACGGUGCCUAUCUUUCCUCGAGCUAGGAUCACCUGGAAGAUGUACUAGGUGCCAGUGAAGUUAAACACAGCGAACGUGCCCGAUGGGUCCUAGGCGAUGAUAGACGUCACCUUGGAGGUCAUACGAAAAGAGUCACCGAGAAGGGCUCACCAGUGGCGGUGCUACUUUGUGCGAUAGACCAACGCAACAGGGUUAGGAGGCUUGAGGUACCCUUACUAGUGGCUGACUGUCGCGAACAUUCAGAUGACUUUACGGACCUUGCGUAGUUACUUGGACUGUCUGAUGACCUAGCAUGGUCCCUACAAUGUGACGAUCGAAAUACCAUUGAAUACAAUAGCUCUGAAAGAGCUCUGACACCAUAAGUGCCCUAUUAUAU